UAAGCUCUUUGCUUAACUUGUGCCACCCGGUUUUUGUCUUUGUUUUUUUUUUACCUUUCAAUAACACUAGUUUUGUUUUCAAUUCUUGGCUUCGUUGUCUUUAAUAUACACCUCAAUUAGUUUAUACACUUUUAUGUUGCGUUCUCCUACGAUCCCUAAACCGAGAGCCAUCUGGGAACGUAACAACUGGUAAAAAAAAAAAAUGCUUCUUAGAAUGGAAUUGUGAAUAGAACUAAUAAAUGACAGGGCACUUUACAGUACAUGGAAUUUUACAGAAAAACUUUAUCAAAGCCCUUUUCUGCUCCAUCAUCCAUGAGAGAAUAAAAUAGCAGAAUUCAAAAAUUCUCCUGCUACUCUUUUAUCUGCUGUUAACAUUCAGCUAAUUCAUUACACAUGAGUAAAAGCCAAAAGACAGUUUAUUUUACUCAAAUGUUUAUAUAUUUAUCUUGAUCUGUUAAUUUUGGUAUUUUGCUCAAAAAAGGUACAUUAUUUUACCCAGGGAUGUAAUUUUUUUGGUUGGGCCCUACACAUUUUUAAAAGGCAGUUUUGCUUUCCUGCACUUUUUUAUCAACCUUCUCACGCCGCAAGCGCAUGCCUCAAUAAGCUCCACGGAGCGCGCCUCGGGACACGCCCACGGGAGCUCAUCUCCUGCUGCAGCCGGUGGAUGCAAUCAGUCAGUGAGGUUCCUCGGCUUUUUAAGCCAGUGCAGACCUGCGUUCCGGGCCAGAACGUAGCUACCUCUUCAGUACACAGACCUGCGUUCCCGCGUCACAAACAGUGUGUCUCGUCUUCCCGCGUUCCCUCUGCUUCCCUGACUGCCUCUUGGAUCUCGACCUGCCGCCUGGACACGGACCUUCGACGCCUCGCUAUAGCCCCCGACUACCUGCCUGCUCACGGACCUCAGAGCCAGCUUUCCCCUCUUGGACUUCUGCCUCUUGCUCAACACUCCCGUACUCCCGCCAUCCCGCAGAGGCCAACAGCGAGGCAUAUGUGUCACAAUGAAGAAACAGUGGCCAUACCUUGGAUGCGAAGAAAGGAUGUGAUCACUGACAACAUCCUAAAUAUAAAGAAGCACCACAAGAUGGGCUUACAUGCCAAAACGACAGUCGCUCCCAAGGUGACAAAGAUAUUAUGAGGACUGCUGCACGUUGCAGGCUUCCAUUCCUGUCUGGGAGACGGAAGCAGGAAGCUAAAGAUGGAUCUGUUGUUGCAUCCAGCUUGGACACAUAGACCUGAAUUGACUAAAGGGGUCCAGUGUGGAUAAAGACACACGACACAGGUGAUUUGGUACAUUUGCAACACGGUAUCCUAUUCCCACAGCAGAGCCUCUCAAGCCACCUGGGAGAUCUCCAGGUUAACAUCCAUAGUGACCCCCGUUGGACUUGCUGGACCCACCAGUGGUAGCUGUCAGUGAAAGUGACACAGCUUGAAAGGAUUUUAAGUGGAUUCUUUUCCCCCUGUGGUGGCGGCAGCCUUAUUUACCAGGCUGGGAGCAGCAGCAGGAUGCCUGAACUGGACGACUUUCCCCCCCUGAGGGGACCGAGAGGCUCUGAAACGGGCCUCCAUGGUCCCGCUGACCCUGUUCAGAUCCAGCACAGCAUCCUGGAGGAGCAAGUGGAGCUGUGGUGGUUCCGAGAACCAGGGAAGUCUCUGCUGUGCUACUGCGUCGCCGUGUUUCUAAUCCUGGGCUGCGGGCUCGGCGGCGUUGGCCUGCUCUCCACCACCACCAGCGUCUCCAGCGAAUGGCGUCUGGGUGCGGGCACGGCACUCUGUCUGCUCGCCUUGGGGGUCCUGCUCAAACAGCUGCUCAGCUCCGCCGUGCAGGACAUGAACUGCGUCCGAAGCCGGCAGCAGAUCGACAUGCUGAAAAGCGGCGGAUUAUCCGACUUCCUUGUGGUUUUGAUCACGGGGCUGUCGCUGCUCAUUUGCGGGGGGGUUCUCCUGCAUCUGGCUCUGGUGAACCACAUGCCCAAACCGGGUCAGGCCCUGAACGAUAUGUACAUCACCGGGGUGGUGUUGCUGACUGGAGGCGGGGCUGCAGUUUUGGGCGUUGGAAUAUACUCCGUUGUGGUCAUCAUGCUGGAGAGGACACGACACGGACGAAGGUUUCUGGACCGGAUUUUGAACAUCUUCACCAUCUCGGGACACAUGGACCACCAGGCACGUAGGGAAACCACCUCCAGUCUGGCUAAUCUCAUAUGAGACGUAACAGCAUCGUCACUGCCUCUUCUCAUUCUUAAAUGCCCUACAAGAUGACGCUUGGUUUUAGUUUUCACACCAGCGGAAAACAAACAGUAGCAAAAAGAAGAAUGAAUAAGUAGAAAAAAAGAGAAGGACUUACACUAACCCUGAGACCCAAUUUAGUUUUUGCUUGCCGCUUGUACAAAGUCAGAAAUUGUGGUUUAUGAAAAAAAUAACAAACCAUGUAGCAUUUUUGCAUCAACAAGAACACACUUAAAUUAGUAUUAAAGUGUGAUGAUAAAAAAAAUGUCGGUUGCACUGAAUACCAAUUUUCCCCCCUUAACCCUUCUUCUUACCCGUCGGUAGGUUGCCCAAUAUAUACGAUAUAACAUAAAAAUGACCGACCAUACCACUUUUAAAACUAUUGUUUUAUCGUGAAAAUGCAUGUUGACACAUUCUAGUUGUGUCAUGGAAAUAAUAAAAGAAAGAAAUAAAAAAUAUAAAUGAAUAAAUGAUGUUUCUUACAAGUAUCAUCCUUGGAGAAUGAGGAAUAGCUUUACAAGCGACACUACACACCAUAAGAGGAUAUGCUGACCCCAGGCUAGAGUUCUUGAACGGAAACAAAAAUGGGUGGAUCGAUAUAAAUAUCGACAGCAACAAUACCCAAAAUAGUAUCACUAUAGUGGUUACAAAGCUAUUAUUUAUAUAAAAACUAUAUAUUUUGUCAUUUUUGUUAUUGUUUACAAACUCAGGAAAUAAGUCCCUGGACACAAGAAGGCUUUAAGGGCAGAAAGCAAAGGAUUUAAAUCAGAGCCAAUAGAAAAUAAUUAAAAUGUUUAAUUGCCAUUGUUACACCUCAAUCCUGUGUUUAUGUAUGAUUAUAAUUGUGAUUGAAAAUGUAAUCAUUGAAUGACCUUGUAAAUUUUAAAUGUCAGAAUCAGCAUCGGUAUGGCCAAUACUGUAAGUAUUGGAUCGAUACUCAAAUUUGUAUCAUCCAAAACCAAUGUAAAGUAUCCAAACAGAACAAUAUA